CACCAACACAUUCCUGCUGGACGGUGGAGUCUUGGAAUAGAACGCAUCCGAUAAAAGUCGGCACUAUGAUGAUGACCCCUCCAGGAUACUCCUCUCGUGUCUGCCUAACCUGUAGGGCAGGGAAGAGGAAAUGUGACAAGGCCUUACCCACAUGUGCUCGGUGUGCAAGACUUGAGGUUAAAUGCAAUUACGAGGUCUUAGCGGACAACUUACCCUCCAACCCAUCCCCACCACCCCUGCCAGCAAUUGUCCAUCCCAAAGCCUGGACCUCGUGGCUCGGCAAUGCUUACGCUUCGUUUCAUAAUGACCCUUCGCCUUAUCUGGAACACGUGGAGACUUACUUCGAUACGGUUGACCGAUGGCUGCCAAUUUUGCACAAGGAGGCUUUUAUGGAAGGGUUUCGGGAGCGGCCGUUUACACCUGACUUUCUCUUGUUAAUGAGCAUGUGUCUCAUUGUUCAGCGUCCUGAUAAACAGUCUCCGGAAGGAAGUAUGUUUAACGAUCAAUAUCAUGCUGUAAAGCAUUACUUCUGUCAUGAAAUCGCGGACAAUGUCAAUACCCCGUCAAUAAGACUGAUCCAGGCCGGAAUAUUGCUAGCGACAUACGAGUAUGGUCAUGGGAUGAUCAACGCUGCUUAUAAUACCAUCUACUCUUGUGUCUCCACUAGUAUUACAUUGGGGUUACACCGUCAAGAACCUCCACGGGAUAUAGAGAUGGACCCUGCUUGGAGGCAACAGACAGAGGGUCUUCGUACCUGGUGGGCUGUCGUGAUUAGUGAGAGGAUAUUCUGUCUGUCGUCCCCGACAUCAGGUCGUAUGCCAAUUACCAGAGUACCAAAUGAGUCAACUUAUUUGUCCGACUUGAACUUGUGUGAAGGAGAUUCUGGUGAACAGGAUGCGACAAUCAAAGAAACACCCCCUCAAGCAAACUUUUAUCGCCAAUUUCAAGCGUCUAUUUUGAUACGGCAUGUACUAGAAUUGAUUAAUGAUCCACCACAGGCUCCGGAGGAAAUUCAUUCCCCGGUCAGGGUGCUGGAUCUUCAGCUACGGAGAGCCAUUGAAAUCAACCUAGGAGCCGAGACCAGCCGCUUGAACUCAGUCAUCGAGGCACUUGCCAUGAAUCGAAGCUCUCUAGUGAUAUUGCAUCAAUGGCACCGUGAAAGCUCCCGGAUAUCCCCGUCCUUUGAAACAACGAAUCAGUCCCAGAUGGUCAUAGAGUCCAUGACCACUAUAAUGGUGGAUACCGUACAUGACUUUCUCCCCCGAAUUUAUGCCGGUUGGCCUAAGUCACACCACCCGCAGGGGACGCAAUCAGUCUACCUGGCCGCAUUGGAGUUGCUUUCAAAACAAGAGUCUCCAAGGAGCAGGGCUAACUUAAUAUCGUUGAAGGAAAUGUUAAGGCUACAGUCACGUAGAUGGGGUGUCGCAGCAAGCCAUCUUGAAGAUCUCAGCAAAUUUCUAUCUCCUUGACACCGACCAUGAACAGUAAUGAUGAUACUCGUUUGCACAGCCCGUCAUGAUCCCAAAAG